CAUCACUGCAACAGUACCAUGACUUCUUCUGCACUGUCAAACCAUUCUGUGUUAUCUCACCCAGCAGGGGAUUAUUGCUCUGAUGGCACACAGACAAAUGCAGAUUCAGUUGUCCUUAAUCUAUGCAAUGCGAGAAUUGAUAAAAUGUGGCAAAAAGGGCUUCAGGUUGUGUCAAACUGUCAAACAAUUUCCCUGUAUGCUCCUGUUUCAUCGUUUGGUUCUUUCUCGCAUCAAAUUGGAAUAUUUCUUGGCUGCACUGAUACAGGUUUUAAGAUUGGAAUACAGAGAUGUCAUGAACACUUUAAGGAGCAACCCUUGGUAUCUGGAAACACAACAACAACUUUUUCUGAUGCAGAUGUAUACUAUGUACUCAUUGUCAAAUAA